UGAGCUUUUGCACGCACGUGUCCUGAGUCAGUGCUCUUUAAGGUUGGAUAUCGAGACCCCAGUGCUGUUACACAAUGAAGAGGGCAGAGAGAGAGAGAGAAGUUGAGCACAGGAUGUGAUCAACAGGCUGAGGAUGAUACGAUCGCUCGCGGGGGCGACAGAGAUCAGCAGCAUCACUGAUUUCUGACAGAAAAGAAAUCACACACACUUCAGUACAUUUGUAUGUAAAUGAGUCUCGACAUUAUGAGGAGAGUGCUUGUUUUUCUCCUCUUGAUUCAGCUUACAACAUCUAAUAGUAUUUCUCCUAAAGUAGUUGCCAUAUGUACCCGAUCAAAUGAUUCUGAGCCUCUAGAGUUAUUAUCUCAGCACUCGUCGAAUCCGUCACCCUUAGUCGGUCUGAAUGGGGAACUAAGUAAAUGUCACACCUCAUUCACUAUCAACUGGUCUAUUAAUAUUGACGGGAGCAUCAGAAGUCUUACUGGCACAUGGAUAACAUUAAUGACAGAUAUGGAUAAUACGUACUAUUAUAGAUGUGAAUAUCAGCCUCCAUUUACCUCAGAGCAGAAUAAUCUCAAUGGAAUACAGCAGCUCCAUUUCAGUUUCACUGAGUCAGUGGGUUCUGUUUCGGUUCGGCCCAAAAUGUAUGAUGUCAGUGGAUAUAACCUUCCUCCCCCAAGCCCUGGAUCAGGACAGGAAUACGAGAAACAUUCCUCUUUCACAACACACGGAUCUGACUGUAAAGUGACAACAAAGCCGUUGUGUGAUCAGUGGGAUGCCGAUGUCUCUUCCGUCCUUCAUGGUGAAAAGAUAACACUGACGUUCAUGACCAGUUCAAUGUUUAAUAGAUACACUGUCACGCUAGCGAAGAAAACGCAAGUACUGAACACCAUUGAGAUUAAAGAGCUAAGAAAAGGAGAGAAGCAUAGAGAGGAACUGACAUACACUAAAGGCUGUGAAGACCUCACAAUACUGAUAACAGCAACAUCAUUUGAAAACGAUGAAUGUAAAGCAGCUCUUCAUGAAGUCAACCCUACUGCCAACGGAUCAGGAUUGACUGUCGCUGUUGGAUUUGUGCUGACGUUUCUUCUCAUACUGAUCUCCUGCUACAUCAUACGUAAGAUUCUUGGCUGGUGUAAGCGUGGCGGCAGGUCAGCGGACGCUGUGUGUUUGCAGUUGUUGGUUGUGUAUCCGGCAGCAGAUUGUGCGUUCCAGCACGCCGUCACAGUUCUGGCCGAGUUUCUGCAGGACUGCGGUGAUGUAAAAGUUGUGAUUGACAUGUGGGAGAGAGAACGUGUUGCAGAACAAGGUCUGAUCCGCUGGAUCCACACUCGGGCCGAGCUCGCUGACAUCAUUCUCCUGAUCUUACCACCUCAACACACACACGCUGAGGAGUUGAAAGUGGACCCAGCACCUGUGGUGUCCCAUCACACAGUUUCAGCCUCGGCCAGCGCUCUUUUCGCUCUGGCUCUUAACCUCGUCACCGGCUCCGCCCAUGAUCCACGGCAGCGGGAGAAGUUCUGGGUGGUUCAGCUGGACGAGAUGAAGGACAAGAGGAGCGUUCCCGCCGAGGUGCGAGGCUGCAGGACGUUUGUUCUGCCGAGAGACCUGCAGAAGCUCCACCAGAAGAUCUGCAGCAGAUCAAACGUGCAGAGAUCAGCGCUGAAGAGACGCUUCACUUCCCCAAUGUUCAAUGAAGCCUCAUGGAAAGUGAAAGAAGCUUUAGAGCAGCUGGAGAUGAGAGGAAAGCUGCUGGACUGUGUUUCCCACACCGUCUGAAUUCUCUCGCCAUCGUAUCUGCCUACGUCAUCAGUUUGGGCGUGAAAGGUCCUCCUUAUACCGAGAGACAUUUCAUUCAUUCAUUCGUUGUCUGUUUCUUUCAUCUCAUGAUGGGUUUUUUGUGUUUUCAUGAUGAGGGCUCAAAGCUGCUUCGCUUUUGUAUCAUAGGAAGAGUUACUGUGUGUAAUCAUUUACUUGACUGUUCGAUCAUAAGACAUUUGAUCAAAAGUUGUUGUUGUGUGAGAUGUGUUUGUUGACUGAACUGUGCAUGAAGACUGGACAUUUGACCACUGACUAAAUCAAAAUUCUAUCUGUAGGAACUUUGAGUUACGGGCCUCCGAUUUAUACACACAAACCUUGAAGCCUUGUGAGAAACAACCCUACCAUUAGUACAGACCUUCAUUUUUGCUCUCUGUUAUUUGUCUGAAAAAUAAAUGAAUCUUUUA